AUGUCUGCCUGGAACGUUCAUGCACCGGCCCCAACCGCUAACAAGCAGCCGCGCCCAAAUAGGUCUGAGCCUCUUAGGGAGAGCUUCGACGGCAUUUACCUAGACCUUUCGACGCUGCCGGGACGAUGCCGCUUCGCUGAAGGUGGUCUUGGCUGGAAACCUUCUGCCGGCGGAGAUACCUUUACUCUGGACAGCUCCAACAUAACUCAGGCGCAAUGGAGUCGCGCCUCGCGUGGCUACGAGCUGAGGGUCUACACUAAGAACACCGGCCUCAUCCAGCUCGAUGGCUUCCAGCAAGAGGACUUUGAGCGUUUGGCCAAGGUUUUCAAGAUGUGGUACAGCAUCAAUCUCGAGAACAAGGAGCACGCUCUACGAGGAUACAACUGGGGCAAGGCCGAGUUUGGCAAGUCGGAGCUGUCGUUCAACGUCCAGAGCCGCCCGGCUUUCGAACUGCCUUACUCCGAAAUUGCCAACACCAACCUGGCUGGAAAGAACGAAGUUGCGAUCGAAUUUUCGCUCCCGGCAAACGGCGAAGACACGGGCACGAACGGCCACCUGGGCGGCGCCAGGGCUCGGGGCAAGAAGUCAGGCGGUGCGAGGGACCAGCUCGUGGAAAUGCGGUUCUACAUCCCGGGCACCGUGACGAAGAAGGAGAAGAAGGAGGACGGCGAGGACGUUUCCGAGGGCGAUGAGGAGGAGGAGCACAAUGCCGCCAGCCUGUUCUACAACACGCUCAUCGAGAAGGCAGAGAUUGGCGAGAUUGCGGGCGACACCUUCAUUACGUUCGAAGACAUCCUGCACCUCACGCCCAGAGGUCGUUUUGGCCUGGACAUGUACGAGACUUCGUUCCGUCUUCGCGGCAAGACGUACGACUACAAGAUCCAGUACGAUGCGAUCAAGAAGUUCUUCGUGCUGCCGAAGCCCGACGAUAUUCACCAACUCAUUACCAUCGGCGUCGACCCGCCUCUGCGCCAAGGUCAAACCAGAUAUCCGUUUAUUGUCAUGCAGUUCAAGAAGGACGAGGAGUUGGACGAGCCGGUCCCGCUCAACAUCGAGCCGGAUGUGCUGGAGGAGAGAUACAAGGGCAAGCUCGAGGCUCAGUACGAGGGCCCGAUCUACCGUGUUGUUGCGCAAUUGCUCCGUGGUCUGUCAGGAAGAAAGACGAUUGCGCCGUCCAGAGAUUUCAUCAGCCACCACCAGCAGAGCGGUAUCAAGUGUUCGAUCAAGGCCAACGAAGGACACCUCUACUGCAUGGACAAGAGCUUCUUGUUUGUGCCUAAGCCGGCCACCUACAUCUCUUUUGACCAGAUUUCGGUCAUCACCAUGUCUCGUGUUGGCGGGAACCUUUCGUCGAGCCGCACUUUUGAUAUCACGAUCAGGAUGAAGAACGGCUCGGAUCACCAGUUCAGCAACAUCAACCGCGAGGAGCAGACGCCCCUGGAGGACUUCUUCAAGAUCAAGAACCUCAAGACGAAGAACGAGAUGGUGGACGAUUCCGGAGCGCUGCUUGCAGCAGCUCUCAACGACGACCUGGACGAGUCGGACGACGAUCAGGUGGCAGUCAACCGCGGCAGCGCCGACGAGGACUCGGAAGAACUGGACGAAGACUUCGAGGCCGAGAGUGAGUCGGAGGUGGCCGAGGAGUUCGACUCGGAGCACGAGAGCAGCGGCAGCGGCAGCGACGAGGAAAUGGCAGACGCAGACGCAGACGGCGACGAAGACACGGAGAUGGCGGAGCGGCCAAAGAAGAAGGCCAAAACGGAGAACUGA